CGGUUGUGGUUCUCCAUAUUGUUCCCCAAGUUGAGGGGAUAAAAGUUACCCAACCAGUUGUGGUUCUCCGUGUGUGUCUUGUCCUUUGAGCUGCAGCGAGCAGAAGAACAAAGAAAGUCGCCGCCUUUUUCGCCUCGACCACCCUCUUCGUUAUACUCUGAAUCACGACCGCACAAAACCGAAACCGACGUGUGCGUAAACAUGAAAUAACUGGCAUUGAUCGACGGACCCCCGCGAAAAAGCAGGCCAAAGGGGUAGAAGAGAGGUUCGGGCUGGUGCACAGUCCCACCAGGUCCUUCAGCAAGCUGUACCCACUGUCGCAUUCUGACUGUGUAGUCUUACUCUUAUCCUUAUCCAAAGAGAACGCGUUUAACAGAACGAGAAAUUGUCUCCAGGUGCGCUUCGUCCCUUACCACCUGCACCCAUCUGUCUUCAGCCCAGUGGUGGAAAGCAUCACAGAGUUCACCGAACAAGGCAGGCAGUUGAGACAGCGAGUAUGAGAGUUGACAGCAACGCCAGGCUUCUUCAUGUCGCCGACAUGAGACGAGUAUUUCAGCGUGUGUCUUCUCUGAGUUUCUGCCAGCAGCUCAGUGUAAUAUGGUUUGUGCUAUGGUCACAAUGGGGCACUGAGGGAGCUGUUGUCCAUCUGUAUGUCAGUCCUUCAGGCUCAGACAGUAAUACUGGUUUGCAAUCCUCCACACCAGUAAAAAGUCUUCAACAUGCCGUGGACCUCUUGCAGUCUAAGGAUAUUCAAGGAAACACAAUUUUUGUGGAGCUUAUGCAAGGUUAUUAUGACCUGACUUCAACCUUGACCUUUGCUCAUGCCAUAAAUGGUACAGCAGUUUUUCGCGCUUUUCAAGGCCAGGAGGUACAUUUGACAGGUGGAAGACAUAUUCCUAGUGAUCAUUUCAAGCAUGUGACUGACACAAAAAUACAGCAGCGGCUGCCUGAAGUGGCCCGUACCAAGGUCCUGGAAUUGGACCUGACGGCUGUUGGAAUCGCCAAUCUUGGAUCACUGACCCCCUAUGGGUUUGGCCAUUCAGCAUGGACUGCACCACUAGAACUCUUCAUUAAUGGCAAACCAUUACGACUUGCCCAGUGGCCCAAUGAAAAAUUCAUCAACAUCUUAUCCGUGCCUGAUGGAGAGAAAGGUCGUCGUUUCACAUAUAAUGCAGGUGGUAGAGAUGUGGCCUGGACACAGGAGACUGAGCCAUGGGUCUAUGGUUGGUGGUACUGGAGCUGGGCAGAUGAAUCUUUGCCUGUAGCUCAUGUGGAUGCCCACAACCACACCAUCACCCUUGCACAGGACAGCCAAUUUGGAGUGCGUGUUGGUCACUACGACCCUAUCGCUCCAACUGGAUAUAGUCAGCAGGGAGGCUACUUCCAGGUCAUCAACAUGCUGUCAGAACUUGAUGAACCAGGGGAGUACUAUAUAGACAGAACCAACAAAAAACUGUACCUGUGGCCCAACACACCUCUACAAACACUGACAUCAUCAGAUAUUGUGUAUGUCUCAAUUCUAUCCAGGUGCAUAAGAAUAGAAAGUGUUGCUCAGAAGCUGAACUUUGAAGACUUUACUGUGGAGAAUUGCCGUCAGCAUGGAGUGAGCAUUGCAAAUGGUCAUGACAUAACCUUCAAGAAUAUGGAGAUCAAAAACACAGGUUCAUAUGCCAUUAACUGUGAAGGAGAUUGUCGUCGAGUCUCUGUGCUGGCUUCAGAGAUCCAUGAUACCUGUGGUGGAGUCCUCAUAAAAGGUGGAGAUCCUAAAACACUGACCUCCUCAGAGGUCUUGUUGCAAGACAACCAUGUGUGGGACUUCAGUCGGAAAGGGGCUGUACCCUGUAAAGCUUUUGAGAUAGGUGGCGUUCAUGUAACAGUGAGCCAUAACUACAUUCACCAUGCACAGUACACAGGGAUCUGGUGGACUGGUAAUGAUCAUGUUAUUGAGUACAACCAUGUUCAUCAUAUGUGCUGGAAUUCCAGUGACUGUGGAGCCAUCCACAGUGGUCGUGAUUGGACUUGGCGUGGAAACAUUAUUCGUAAAAACCACAUUCACCACACCCUUCGUUACUUCCCUGGAGCUGAUGUCCGAGGCAUCAUGUUGGACGAUGAAUACUCCAGUGUUCUGAUAGAAGGCAACGUCUUUUAUGAUAAUGAAGUGCACGCAAACAUUGGAGGCGGCCGUGAUAACAUCAUACGACAAAAUGUUAUGUACAAUGCCACUAAAAACUCUAUUCAGGUGGAUGGAAGGGGACUUGGAUCAGGUGGUCAUGGAGUCUACUUGACCCAGAAACUGCAGGAAAGCCUCUUCAACACAACACUGUGGAAGACUAGAUACCCAGAACUUGCUGCUAUUCUCCAGAAACAUCCUACUGCUCCUGAAGGUAACCAAAUCUACGACAACAUUUUCUACAACCGACUUGGCAUUGAAAGGAUACAGUACUCUGGAAGUAACCUUGAGAGAAAAGAUUACUUUGAUGUUCACAAUAACUUCAGGGCAUACAGCCCUGGCAACUUCUGGUCUCCCAAAGAUGCUGACUUCCGACUGCGUUGUAAUGCUGUUCAGUGGGCUGAUGAAGAACAGUUUCCCAGUCCAGUGUCAGUGGAGGAUGUGGGUCCUCAGGUUCCCACUGGUCCUAACUAUCUCAGGGCUCACAGACAUCCAGCCAGUGCCAGAACCACCGCAGUUCCUGUUGCCUGUGACUCUAGCACUGUAGCCCCAGCAACCACUGCCCCCCGUGGGUCCUACAUGCCUGAUGGUUCCAGUCCAAACACCUUGUAUCCUAAUAUUCCUAAAGAAGGCUGCUGGUUUGUUGUGGACCACUGUCCCAAAGCCCCUGCUGCAGAAGGAACACACAAGGACGACAUUGGGACUCAAGCAGGCACAGAGGAGGGUUGUCUGGCACGGGCCGCCCAACAGUGGCGCUACUGUGGAUCCAGUCCAACUGGCCAGGUGGUUGCUGUCUACGGACCUACAGGUGCGAUGACAGUGGCUGGAGAUGGCUGUUUUUUCGCCGAAUAUGGAUGUCAGACACAAAACCCAGGCUUCCACCGGGACACGUGGGCUGAACAGCACGAGAACGCUUCCCACGACGAGGCGGCCUGCUUGGCACGUGCAGCCCCACAGUGGGCCUACUGCGGCUCGCACGCUGAUCGCCCUAUCACCAGCAUCUACAGGCCUACAGGUCACUUCAGAACAGGAGGCGCAGGCUGUUGGAUCAAGAUCCUAUCUUGUCCAGCUGACCACACUCUUCAGGGAUACUUUUAUGAUGCCUGGGGGGCCACUAACCUUGCAACAGAUCACGAUCGUAAUGAAUGUCUUGAGCGGGCCGACCGAUUUUGGAAGCAGUGUGGUUCCCAUGACAACGCACCAGUCACAGCGUUUUACCGGCCGUCUGGUGCCAGCCGCACUGUGCCGUGAUGGACACGUCACUCAAGCGAGACGCCAACAGUUGGAAACGUCACUUUGUUGUUUAAAAAUAAUCACCUUAUUCUGUUCCGUAAAUUAAAAAUUGGGUUGUCCUGUU